CUCCUCGCCGAGUCGCGCUCUGUUCGCUGUUGUUAUUAUCAGUAGCGUUGUUAUUAGUGCUGUAUUUUUGUAUUUUAAAAUUAUUAAAUUGCAAUAGUGAAAAAAAUGAUGUGUGAUGUAUUGCUGAUCAAUGGCAACUGUAGUGGGAGCAGCCGCAAACGGAUGCGGUCCGAGGACGGUUCGGAUGGAUCCUUUGCCUUGCAACGAAAGAUGUUCAUUGACCAAAUUCAGGUCGACCGUUGCGAUGAGCGAAAGAUGCGGCAAAUCGAAGAAAAGACCGUCAACAUGCUGUUCCUGGGUGCAAAAACAUCAUCCCGCCAACAGCGGCCAGGUGUUUGCCAAAGUGAGUGUCUCAGACACGUGCGUCUCCUUGGUGCCGGCGAGUAUGACUUCGAUAUAGCCAAUUGUCCACAAUGGAUGGGGAAGAAAGCGGACCGCAAGUGUCGCAUCUGCGAUCGUCACUCGGUUGUCCACGCGGAUUGCACCAACUGCAAUCUGGAGCUGUGUGAGUUCUGCGGAAUCAGCUGCCACUACUGCCCCGAGAAGAUCUGUAUGAAUUGUGUCAACAUAUUCAAUUGUCAAAACUCGGAUGUUCCCUGCUGCGAGCGGUGCAAAAUUUUCAAUUGAUGUGAAGCUUUGUGAUAUCGAUGGUACUAUUCUUAAGAAUUAUUUUUAUGUGUUAGGUGUCAGUGGUCUGCAAUAUUAAGUCUGAAAUAAAGUUUUGAGUAGUUGUAGCAAAAA